GUAGUCACUCGUAAAAUAGUAAAUCAUGAUUUCGUUAAUAUUAAUAAAAUUGCUUCUAAUAUUUGUGUCGAGUACAAUUUCACAGCCAACACUGCAAUGGAAUUCGACACUAACUGCACGAGUUAUCGAGCCUUUAGUUCGAGAUAAUUCAGGAUCACUGACCAAUCAAAGAACUAAAUAUCAAACCUUCAAUGAUAAUACUAAUUUUGGUAUAAUAAUUAAACAAGGUACAACAUUUAGCUUAACGGUAGAGACACCUUCCAAAAUAGAAGAUUUAAAGUUUUUCUGUUUUCCUUAUCCACAACAUGAAAAAAAAUUAAUCAAAUUAAAUCUUACCGGAAAAACAAAUUGCACAAAAACAUUAACAACAAAUUAUAAUUGUGUACCUAUGGUAUCCGCAUCAAAAAAUGUUCCAUUACGGAUGAUAAUUGAAACCAAAAACUGGUUUCCAUUGUUAACUAACAAUUCUAAUGAUGUGUCACUUCCAAAAUCACAAGGAAAAGGAAUUUCACACAAAAUAGAAAAUAAUUUAAAAUAUGAAUUUGAUGCCUUGGGUUUGAAUGAUGAAGUAUUUUUAAAAAUAUUUAUAAAUUACAAGAACAUGACAAUAGAAUUACAACAAUUGCAAAAAGGAGUUCAUGCAUACACGGAGAAAAAAGAUAUUGUUGCGAUAACAAUUUUUGGAUUGUUGUUGACAGAUUUGUUGUUGCUACAAUUCGGAAUGUUGAAAUGACAAUUCGGAUUGUUGUCAAUACAAAUGUGUCUUGUUUUAACGAUUAUACGAAUUUGCUACGUUUAACUUGUUCAGUCUGCAAAUCCGUACUGUUAUAGUAACAAACUUCUGGUAGCGCAUCAUGCGAUUGCUGAUGGAACAAUUCGGAUUUGUUGAGCUGACAGGUUUACUGCUCAAUGUCACGUGUUCAUCUUUACUUGCGCGUCGGUCUCGCGAUUAGGGCACUUGUGCCUCUCUAUUUAUUUAUUUAUUUUAACUUAAGUUUUUAUUAUAUAGUGAAGUGAAAAUGCUCCCAGGAGAGGAGGCAAAAGUGCGGGAAUUGUUGUUAAAAUGGGGACUUGAUGAGAAGACUGUGUCUGAUUUUAUUGGUACGUGUCUAAAUAGUGUUAAAUAUAACCAAGUAUAGACUUCAUUGUGAUACUCGGCUGUAAUUCUUAAUUUUUAAUAUUUAAUGUACUAAAAUAAUGUUUUAUAAUUGUAAAGAAAAAAGUUUUAAUAAAUUUUGUACUUAAUUAUCAAUUAAUUUUAUUAUUUCUAAAAAAAUAUUAAUUAAGGUGAGAAAAAUUUUUUUGAUCAACGCUUUGUUAGUACAACAAAUUAUUUUGUCAAACUAACAAUCCAGGUAUAUUGCUGAAAACAAUUCUGCUUGUUCACCGAACAAAUCGGAAUAGUUUUUAUAACAAUCUCGCUUUAACAAAUUUUUUUUGUCUCCACAACAAAUAGAUUUGCUAGUUCUAUAUUAGCAAACUGGAAUUGUUGUGCGGACUUAAUUUUUAGUUGUCACAACAAUCCUUUUUUC